AUGAACUUCAUGAAUGGCAUUACCAGUACCUUAAAAAUAGAACAUUCCUCCAUUUACUAUUUUUGUUCUGCCCGUUUGUUCACUUUGCACCAUCCCCCCUUUCAAGCCCUGCCCGUGCUUUUCAAACACUGGCUGAAAAAUGAGGAGGUGGAGGAAGGGCGCACAGCCGUGCUGCACUGCGAGCUGACGAAACCCAAUGCACCCGUGGAGUGGAGGAAAGGAGAUAUGGUGCUGCAGCCAAGUGACAAGUAUGAGAUCCGGCAAGAGGGGACACGUGUUGAGCUCUUCAUCUAUGAUGCCGAGGCUCAGGAUGCUGGCGAUUAUACGUGCGACUCGGGGGAUCAGCAGACCACUGCAUCGCUCCAAGUCAAAGUACUACCCGUGCUGUUUAACACUGAGCUGAAAAACGUAGAGUCUGAAGAAGGGGGAACGGCUGUCUUGCACUGUGAGAUCUCCAAGCCGGACGCCCCUGUGGAGUGGAGAAAAGGAGGGGUGGUCAUUCAGCCCAGCGACAAGUACGAGAUGAAGCUGAAAGGCAGCAUUGCUGAGCUGAUCAUCCAUGGUGUAGAGCCUGAUGACUGCGGGGAUUAUACCUGUAGCACCGGGUACGAGAUCACCACAGGUUCUGUGUAUGUGCAAGCCAAGAACAGCAUUGUCCAAGGCUUGGAGAAUGUGGAAGCCGUGGAAGGAGGGGAAGCCCUCUUUGAAUGUUAUCUUUCCAAGCCCGAGUGCUACAAUUACAACUGGCUGAUUGACGAUGAACCUGCCAAAACUACAGAAAACACUGAGAUGGUUUACUUUGAAAAUGGACGCAGGCAUCUUCUGCUGCUGAAGAACCUAACUCCCCAGGACAGCUGCAGGGUGACUUUUAUGUGCAGCGACGCGGUGACCUCAGCCUUCCUGACGGUGAAAGGAUGGCGCCUACAGAUCUUGCAGCCUCCCACAGAUGUGGAGGUCUCUCCGGGGGAGAAAGCUACAUUUAGCUGUGUUCUAAGUGAAGCUGUGCCAAUCGCUGAAGUUGCCUGGUAUAGCAAUGACAUGGAGAUCCAGUCGGAUGAGGACUGGGAGGUACAAGCAGAUGGAAACAAAUACAAACUUCUUCUGAAAAAAGCCCAGCCGCAUCAUUCUGGAGAGGUGACCUUUGCUUCCAGGGAAGCAAUUGCAUCAGCCAAGUUAUCUGUGAUAGCCCGCCCCGAUCCACCUGAAGAACCAGAAGUUUUAAGUAAGAACAGCCACUCUGUAACUCUGUCUUGGUACAAGCCGUUGAGCGACGGCGGUUGUGACAUCCUAGGCUACAAUGUGGAGAGGAAAAUCCCAGGUAUUGGCUGGCAGUCAUGCAGCAAGGGCAUUAUUCAAAACACGGAGUUUAUGGUGGACGAUCUCACCCCGGGUGAAUCCUACAGAUUCCGCGUCUCAGCUAUAAACAAAGUUGGGGCCAGCGAGCCGGUGCACUUCCCUCAGAUGGUGCGGCUAGGUGAGAACGGAGAGAUGCCCCCAUGGAGGACGGCAAGCUGCUGUAGACCUUUCUCAGAAGGGGAGGCGGCUCGCUUGGAGUGCAAAUUGUCAAGUGAAACUGAGGAGAGAGUGACAUGGUUCAAAGGAAAAGAACAAAUACAAGCUGGAGGGAGAUACGAGAUCCUCUCUGAUGGAAAAAAGCAGAUACUCAUUAUUCAUGCAUUUAAACCUGAAGAUCAGGACACAUACACCUGCAUGGUUUCUCCAGAAGUCAAAUCUGUUGCCAGCUUGUGUCUUGAAGUUCCCACAGUGACAAUGCUAAAAGAGAUCGCCAGGGAAGCACCCCGUGCAAGCCAACCAGAAGAGCUGGUGGAUGGCCAUGUCCAGCCCAGCUUGCCCCCUGAGGCUGCUCAGGAGGGAGACCUUCACCUCCUGUGGGAAGCCCUGGCCAAGAAACGCCGGAUGAGUCGGGAGCCCACCUUGGAUUCCAUCAGCGAGGUGCCUGAAGAGGAUGACAAGCUUCAGAAGUUAAGGAAGGAGGAAGCAGAGAUGUCUCACUAUUACUCAGAAGAGUACUCCACGUGUGAUGAGCUGGCUAGGACAGGAGAAGCAGAUUUCUCUUUCACAAGCUCAGAUGAUGAGUCUAGAGCUGGGACUCCAUCACUGGUGAACUACCUCAAGAAAGCUGGGAAGACAAGUGUCAGUGUUACUAGCAAGGUUCAGUCCAUCUCCACAGGCAAAUUAUGGAAACAGUGGGAGAAAUCCAGUGUGGAGACUGUUGUGACUACCCCAGCUGCUAAGCCAGCUGAACCAGAAAUACCAGAUUUAGAUGAUCCUUCUAUGAACAAGGCCGCUGUGAAGAUCCAGGCUGCUUUCAAAGGCUACAAAGUCAGGAAAGAGAUCAAGCAACAAGAGUGCCCAGUGUUUACUGAGACCCUCAAAGAUUUCUCUGGUGAGCCUGGAAGCACUCUCCACCUUGAGUGUGUGGCCCACAGCAAAACCGACAUGAAAGUCCGUUGGCUGAAAGAUGGGGAAGAGCUUUCAGAUGGUCGCUAUUAUCACAUAGAUAAUUACAGUGAUGGGACCUGCUCUUUGAUUAUCACUGGUCUGGACAAGAAAGAUGCAGGUAAAUACACCUGUGAGGCAUCCAAUAAAUUUGGCAAGGUUUCACAGAGUGCUAAGGUGGUUAAACAAAGCACUGACAGUGAGACAGAGAGCUCGUCUGGCAGUGAGCUGGAUGAUGCUUUCCGUAAAGCAGGAAGGAGACUUCAUAGACUCUUCUGGGCCAAGAUCUCAACAGAGAUAUCUGAUGUGGAGGAAGAGCUCUUUGUCAGUGCAGAUGAAGGGGACAUAGAGGUGGUCGACCAUCAGACGUAUCGUGAGGAUGACAAGUACAUCUACAUCAAGUUUGAAAUCUUGUCUGAGGCAAAAACUGCCGCCACUCGAUUCAGAGAGAUGUUUGGUGCUCUGGGAAUUCCUGUGGAGAUUGACAUUUUGGAACAAGGCCCUAAAAAAAUUGAAUUGCGUAUUGGGAAGGCAACACCACCCACCCAUGGGAAGUUUGCACCACCAGUAGUGAGACCUCCACCACCUUUGCUGACUUCUGAUACAGCUCCCAUGUUCAUGACUGAGCUCCAAAACCAAGAGGUACAAGAUGGAUAUCCAGUCAGCUUUGACUGCAUUGUCGUUGGCAAACCGCUCCCCACGGUUCGCUGGUUCAAGGAUGGGAAAGCUAUUGAAGAAAACGAUCAUUACAUGAUCAAUGAGGACCAGGAAGGGUGCCAUCAGCUGAUCAUCACAGCUGUGGUCCCCACCGACAUGGGUGUUUACCGUUGCCUCGCUGAAAACAACAUGGGAGUUGCUUCAACCAAAGCUGAGCUUCGAGUGGAAGUGACCAGCACCGACUAUGAGACAGCAGCAGAUGCAACAGAGACAUCUUCUUACUACAGUGCCAAAGAAUAUAUUUCAAGCCGAGAACAGGAGGAAUCUACCACUGAGGAGGAGCAAUUGCCCCAAAUCUUCGAUGAGCUUCAUGAUAUUCAUGUGGCACCUGGAGCAUCACUGGCUAAAUUUCACCUGAAGGUGAAAGGGUACCCGCAGCCUCGUCUCUAUUGGUUCAAAAACGGAGAGCCGUUGAAGGCCUCGGAUCGCAUCCUGAAGACUGAUAAACAGGAAUUCCACUCGCUGGAAGUUCGCGACGUCACUAAGGCAGAUGCUGGCCAGUACUCAGUAUUUGUCAUCAACUCCGCUGGUUCUGCGUAUUCGUCAGCCAGGCUGGUAGUUAAAGAUCCUGAUGAGAAAGAAGAACCAUCAGAAACAGAUUCCCGCGAGCAGCUGAUACCACCAAGGUUCCUAGAAAGAUUUACUAAUAAAAAGGUGAAAAAAGGUGCAAGCAUCACAUUAUCUGUAAAAGUUGAAGGACAUCCACCACCAACUAUUACUUGGCUGAAAGAAGAGUCUCGGGAAGACAUCCUGUGGAUCAAACCAGACACUCCUGGGUAUAAACUUGCCAGUUCAAAUAUGCAUCACAGUCUAAUCCUGUUGGAUGUUAAAAAGAAGUACAGUGGAGCUUAUACGUGCAUUGCUACCAACAAGGCUGGCCAGUCCAUCUGCACCGCCAUCCUGGAAGUUGCAGAUGUGAAAGAGGCUGAAGCACUGACCCAGGAGCGCGUGAUGGUGUCAGAAGCCAUCAUGACCACACUGGGAGCUAUUCAUCCCUCUGAAACAAGAGAAGGUUAUCUGGAACCUGGUAGAGAAGGUGUACCCAAAAGCCCUAUUUCAUUAGCUGAUGUUGGCUCGGAAGAGUUCUUCCAGAAACUCACCUCACGUAUCUCAGAAAUGGUAUCUGCAAAAAUAAGUCAGGCCACACUUCGAGUGCCAGGUGCAGAAAGUGAUGAUGAAUCAAAAACUCCCUCUGCAUCUCCUCGCCAUGGACGAUCCAGACCUUCAUCCAUUGCUCAGGAGUCCUCCUCUGAAUCUGAAGAUGGGGAUUCCAGAGGAGAGAUCUUUGACAUCUACAUGGUCACAGCUGACUACUUGCCCGCUGCGCCUGACAGGGAGACCAUCACUUUGAAGGAAGGCCAAUAUGUGGAAGUCCUUGAUUCAGCUCAUCCUCUGAAAUGGCUGGUCAGGACUAAACCCACAAAAUCUAGCCCCUCUCGGCAGGGUUGGGUAUCUCCAGCUUAUCUGGACAAGAAAUUAAAGUUGUCACCAGAGUGGGGAACAACAGAAGCUCCUGAGUUCCCUGGAGAGUUUGUUUCUGAAGACGAAUAUAAAAGGAAGCUAAGUGUUCUUAUUCAAGAGCUGUUAAUCUCAGAGGAGGAUUACAUUCAAGAUCUACAGUUUGUCCAGACUCAUCACCUUAAGUACACUGAGACCUGUCCCAAUGUUCCAGGAGCUGUCGCCAGCCAGAAAUCCACCAUCUUCAGAAAUAUUGAUGACAUUGCUCGCUUCCAUUCCAGUGUCUUCCUCCGAGGCUUGCAGAGAUGUGACACUGAUGAUGAUGUGGCCAUGUGCUUUAUCAAGCAUGAAACAGAGUUUAAUAAGUACAUCCAGUACCUGGUGGGGAGGGUACAGGCUGAGUCGAUUGUUGUCAGCAAAGCUGUCCAGGAUUUCUACAAGAGAUACACAGAUGAAAUUUUAACUAAUGACGAUCCUUCACAGCCACUUAUCCCACCACUGCAGCACUACCUGGAAAAACCCAUAAACAGGAUCCAGCAGUACCAGACUAUAAUCAAGGAAUUAAUCCGAAACAAAGCAAGAAAUAGCCAAAACUGCACUUUGCUGGAGCAGGCUUAUGCCAUUGUGUCUGCACUCACCCGAAGAGCAGAAAACAACCUCCAUGUCUCGCUCAUUGAGAAUUAUCCGGGGACCUUGGAAAGCCUUGGUGAACCCAUCCGACAGGGCCAAUUCGUUGUGUGGGAAGGGGCUCCAGGAGCUAGAAUGGCAUGGAAAGGACACAAAAGACACGUCUUCCUCUUCAAAAAUUAUAUUGUGAUCUGCAAACCAAAGCGAGACACAAAGACAGACACCUACAGUUACAUCUUCAGGAACAUCAUGAAGCUGAACAACAUAGAUGUGAACGACCUUGUGGAAGGGGAUGACCGGGCGUUUGAGAUCUGGCACGAACGGGAAGACUUGGUCCGCAAGUACCUCCUUCAGGCACGUACAGUGAAUAUCAAGAACUCCUGGGUGAAGGAGAUCUGUGGCAUACAGCAGCGGAUCAGCGAGCCUGUCUGGGUCCCUCCAGACUUCGAGGAAGAACUGGCAGAUUGUACAGCUGAGCUGGGAGAGACAGUCAAGCUGGCUUGCAAAGUUACGGGAGCUCCCAAGCCGUCUGUCAGCUGGUACAAAGAUGGAAAGCCUGUGGAGGUGGAUCCCCAUCACAUUAUAAUAGAAGAUCCCGACGGUUCCUGCACAUUGAUCUUGGACAACCUAACAGGUGUUGACUCAGGACAGUACAUGUGCUUUGCUUCCAGUCCUGCUGGAAAUGCCAGUACCUUAGGAAAGAUACUUGUUCAAGUGCCACCACGGUUUGUGAACAAGGUUAGAAAUGCUUAUUUUGUGGAGGGUGAAGAUGCUCAGUUUACUUGUACUAUCGAAGGAGCACCUAGGCCUCAAAUCAGAUGGUACAAAGAUGGUCUACUGUUGAAAGACACAAGUAAAUACCAGACUUUCAGUGAACCACGGAGUGGCAUAAUAGUCCUGGUGGUCAAGAACCCUUCCAAUGAAGAUAUGGGACACUAUGAAUGUGAGCUGAUGAACAGAUUAGGGUCUGCAAAAAGCGGAGCAGAACUUUACCAUCACAGUGCUGCAGCCCUGACCCAGGAGAGGAGAGGAGACCAAGCCAUUACUAUAGAAGUCACUGAACAAGAGACUAAAGUGCCCAAGAAAACCAUCAUCAUAGAGGAAACGAUAACCACCGUGGUGAAGAGCCCAAGACAAAGGGGAAGGGUUUCUCCUGCACGUUCUUCUUCAGGUCAUUCGCCUUCCCGCUCCCCAAGAGCGGAGCCAACUCCAGAGCCAGUUUACGUUUCAAAGAUCAGGCAGCCUGUCCACAGACACGAGCAGGAGGCCACACCGAAGUCUGCUGUUCCCAUGCUUUUUGUCACAGAACCAGAGGACAGGCAAGGAGCAGCAGCUAGAGAUGUCGUCAUAGAGACCAGGGUGGAAGAGAAAAAGCCCAAAUGGGUUGAAGUGGAAGAAAUAAUUGAAUUCAAGGUGAAAAAAUCACCAAAACCUGCAAGGAAAAGAGGCUCUUCCCCAGCAAAACAAGAAAAAGAUGACUCGGGGGUGUUAACAUUCACUUUUCCCAGCUCAAGGCCUAGGCGUUCCCCAGAAGAUGAUCCAAACACAAACAACUCCAACAAUAAAUUGGUGGAACAGUCAAAAUCUUUGCCUAAUGACGGUCUCUCUGAAGCUGAUAUCCAGCCCUUGGUGUAUGCAACCGAGCAGGAAGGACCUCAAGUCAGCAGUGAAGACAGAAGCUCCCCGUGUGGGUCUGAACAACCAGGAAAUAAUUCAUUUAUGGAUUGUGGAACUGAAGGACAGAGCUUCCCACAGGAAACAAGUGCUCGCUACGGGUCAGAUGUCGCUUCCCCGCUGCUUGCCUGCGGGGGCGAGCCUUUGAUCUUCAGUUUUGAGACAGAUGCUGCAGACCAGCACGAACUUCUGUUCCCACCAGCGAGUCCAGAGGUUAAGGAAGAGGUAGAUGAAUUAGAUGUAUCUUGGCCUGUUGAAGAGGGGGUACCUCAAGUAAUGCAAGAUGUCCUUCCAGAAGAGGAUAAUGUCGUUAUAGUUGAUGAACCAGAGGAACUACAGACAGAUGACAUUAGCACCCGGGACCGCAAAAUCUUAACCCACAAUGGCAAAGUAUUGACUUUGGAGGAUCUUGAAGAUUAUGUUCCUGAAGAAGGUGAGACCUAUGGGUGUGAUGAUCAGAACCAUACAGCAGAGAAACCCUGCGAGAUCUCCGUACUCCAGACAGAGAUUAACGAGCCAACGAUUGGGAAGCCAGUGCUGCUGAAUCUGGUGAGACCUGUGGUGUCCAAGCCCAGGCAAAGAUUUUUCAGCCAGUUUGAGGAGCACAUUCCUGGGGGCAUAUUCAUGUCAGCAUCUAGAGUAACCGGUGUGCAGUCUGUAGGCCCCUCAAACAUCUCUUUCCAUGUCAGCGAUACCUGCAUGGCAGUGACGCCUGGACUGCAUGCAGCAACAGCAGCAGCUUCUCCUGGUCCCUCCUUCACAGUGAAACCAUCUUUCUGCACCGAAGUCCAGCUCUCAGCAGACAACGGACAGUCAAGCUUUAAAACUGAAGUUUCUACAAGAACCCUCAGCUAUGGGACUGUUGGCGAGCCUGUUACCUUGCACAUCAGCACAGAAGACCUCUCCCAAAGCUGA